CAGAGAAAGAUGUCAACUGCAGUUGGCUGCCCCAAAGCUUCCCCCCUCUCACAGAACUGACCCAUUUUACUUUUCAAGACCUGAGGCCUCAGAACCAUAGGAACACAUCGCCCCUGCCGCGCGACUGUCAUCUCCUGCUGCUCUCUGUCUUCAAACAUUGUCGUCAGAUGUGGCUAUCUCAAGCUCUCACUUCGAUCUUCCCCAAUAUAUCGGACAAUUUCAGGAAUAGCGUCCCCCCUGAAGACCAUCUAAAUGAUGACUUCAGUUUCGACACCUCCGGGCUGUACCCAAAGACGUCGUGGGAGCUGCCAGUGUUCCUAAUGCAGCCCUUGACCCGCAUCGCUUUGUGUUUCCCGGAAUUUGUUCAGUUAACUCUUCGGCCCACAGCAGCUUUUAUGAAUCUCUCGAGCAACAUCCAUUGCUGGGCGGCAGGUAUCUGGAAUGACGGUGUCCAAGAGAACCUGAGAGAUAACGUACAUCCAAGGUACAGCUUCCAGAUCAUCUGGGAUCUGAACGAAUUUGAAAAACAUGAGCUGUCGUCCGUUGUGUUCUUUUUUGGAGAUGGCCGCUGGCUUGUAUGGGCAGGGGAGGUAACUCGGUUUCCUGGCUGUGUUUGGCGGGAAACACACAACAUCGUGGUAUUAGACCCUUGCUGUUCGAUGUCUGUACUGGAGUCUGCCUGUUCGGGGUUAUUCCAAAGUCUAAGUCAGCGUGUGUCGCGAGAGUGUCUUACAAACAAUAAAAAGUCUAGGGAAAAAUGGUAUCCAGGUGUGUGCGAUUUUUUCCAGAAUUAUCUGAGAAACACACGAGUGUUAUCUCUAAGAGAAAGUAUGCGCAACUUGGCUGGUACUAUGCAAUACUUUAUCCUCACGCCGGCCCGUGAUCGAUUGCUUCUUGGUAUUUCUGCUCACGAUCCAAUAACGUGGGACUGUGAGGAUGAGGGUGCAAUGGACUAUUCGUCGUGCUCUACGUGUGAAGAUGUAGCCGGUUCAAAUUUCUUCAUAUGCAAUUCAACGAGGUCAAAGAUGCUGGAUGUGGACAGUACACUCAUGGAAGCAGAAGACACAAACUCCAACUUCACCACAAAUAUGUGUUUCAGGUUGUCACAUCCCACAAAUUUAUCCUGGUCAACAUGUGAAGAAAUGGUAGAUCAAGAUUCAAACUUUACAACACCGAUCGGGGCAACUUCUUCAAACAAUUUGUUGUUUCUACUGGAGUCUCUGUACUUGCCAAAGUACGCAGUCGGUACUUUUCAAGACAUCCACAGCUGCCUUAAACAAGCCUUGACACAUGCCUUUCACAGCGACCUGUUCCAUUUCUUGACUGAUUACAAGUGCCACAACAUACUCUGUGCGGGCUGUCAAAAAGCCUGGUUUCCGUCCGCCACUCGAACAGCUGAGUGCAUGAGCCGAUUCAGUGCUGUAGAGUUUUCACAUUCCGAACACACGUUGGACGUGGUUCCCUUCAUUCCGUUUGAGAUGUGGCCUAUCCAUCUUAUCACCCAAGCGACUCUUGAAGUCAAAGCCUUAACUGAUAUGUUAAGACCAGUGACACUGACGUCUUCACAGUCUCAUCUCGUUCAGUCUAGAGACAAAGACUUUCUAAAGGCGGCUGGUUGCUCCUGACUUGAUAACUUUACCGUGUACAAAGUGUGUGUGAAUAUGAAGAAUUAGAUAGAUUACAAAGCCUUUUGUCCUGAAAUUUGACACCUAAAUAGAAAUGUAACUGGGGAGGACAGCAGAUUUUGAAUACGGUACAUUCAUUUAAUGUAGUCUCUGC